CCACGUGGGUUCUCGUGCGUGAAUAGAAGGUAGCUUUGCAUUUAUCCAGAUUCAGGUUUAUGACCCCGACGUCGACGACUUCACGGAUAUCGAGAAGGGUGACGAGAUAAGCAACAAAUCGAAGAUAAAGGUGGGACGCAGGCUCGUUGCUCACACCAAUGUCAACCAUUCAAUGCGCAUUGAAAGUGGCCGUGUAGCAGCGUUAAAACUCGAGCGUGCUCGGGAAGUUCAAUGCAGAUCGGAUUCGAGAAGGAUCAAAAUGCCCGUGUGACAGGGGUAUUACUGUCCCAAUGGGCUGUUGCUCUCAGCUUGCAUGCCAUGUGGUGUCCGAUGAUGACGAAACGAACGCUUUACCAGAACCAUCGAUUUCGAAAGAGGAUGUACCUGUUGUCGACAAGUGUGACCACUUGAAGUUUAAACUCCCGACCUUUGGCCCUUGGGAAGCAGUGCUCAAUCGGAAGGCAUCAAUUGGCGGCGACGUUCGCCGUGCCAUCGUGGAUAUCCUCUUUCAAGAAUGCAUGAAAUUGGCGUUGUAGAGGAAACUUUCGUUUCAUUUUGUUGGUCACUGUUGUUCCUGUCAAUCCAACUGAAGAAAUGCUGUUCCAGGUACCCUUCACACCGUCUGUAUCGGCGUUCUGCAGAGCUGCUUGUACUUAAGUUUCCGCACUUGAGAGAUAACUUCAGCGUGAAUGGGAAGAUGGGCGGACAUUACUCUUGGGUGGAGGCACUGAAGUGCAAAUUUAAAAACAUGAGGAAGAAAUUGGACGACAACCCUGCAGUGCUGGCGAUGCGUGAGAAACAGGGCAAAAAGCGAGUGAAACCACCCGAGGAAGCAUGCCCCAAUGCAACGAAACGGGUCUCCCGCCUUUAUCGGCUUCUGGAAUUCAGCCUGCUGUGGAAGGUGGACCUUGCAACAGCAUUCGAGAACGGGUUUCUGAGCCUGACAAACAUAAUCUUGCAGCAUGGAGAGGCAAGUGAGGUGGUUACACUGUCUGCAAGCUCUACUGGAAUGAUAUGUGUGUUCUUUAAUUUGCUACAUGGUAAUGCAGUGCUGGGGGCACUUGAGGUCAUGGACUGAGGUGCAAGGAAAAGCUAAGCAACAUCGUUUCCAGGCAUAGGAACUAAGAAUCAAACCUUGCAUGAAGGUGUGCCACUACUUGCGUCUCACGUGCGUCCUCACUUCUCAGCGGUGUGUGCUGCAUAUUUGCAGCAUUUUGGACAUUCCAUAUAGAGUACCCACUGGGAUACCACAAGAUGCUCACAUUUCUCGAGCACGCCUUCGCAGGGCUGAGUGAAACUAAGCCCAGAGUAAAAUGCAUGGAGUUCCUCAAAUUCUACAUCCUGCACGGUGGACGAAACGAGCAACCCAACGAGAAAUAACUUCAGUUCCUGGCCCAUAGAAAUAUUUGCAAUAAAAUACUGUCUUUUGUA